AUGGAAUACGCAUGGCUUAAGAGCUGUGAAGUCACGAAAGAGUUCCUGGAUGCAAGACUGGAUCCGACUGGGCGACUGGGAACGAUGAUUACUCCCGAUAUGGAAGAGGAAGCCAUCGCCAAAAGCAACAACUGUCAUUCAAGUCGAACGUCUCCUGUGAAAGUCGCGCAACGUCCCGACAAUCAAACUGCGAUUUGGGACCUUUGUGACGGACUUUCGGUAGUGCCCAAAGGAACGCCAGCGAGUCUAGCAGCGAAGAACUAA